CAACCAAAAACAUCAGCACAACCAACGACAACAAACCCACCUGACACAACAACUAUAUUCAAAGCUCCUGAAACAACAUCACAGUUACCAACCUUAAAUAAAACAGAAAGUAUCACCCAUACAAAUCCUCCAUCAUUUACACCAGAGCAAACUCAGCUUGCCCAAUAUCAGCAAGAGAUUCAACAGUUAAGAGCAGUUGCCAUUGUAUUGGGUUUAUUUCUCUUAGUAGCUUGUGCAAUAAUUGGAGUGAUAUUUAUCUACCGGCACAAUAAGAGUAAAAUAGUUGAUAAUCAAAACAAACCACCAACAAAUCCUUUAACAGACCAGGAAGAUGCAAGUGAAAUGACCAAUACAGCAAAUGAUCCAACUGGUCUCAAACUACAUGGUAAUGAAGAUGUAACAAAUGAAUAUGAAACUGCAAACAUUUAUGAAAAUGAGGCAAUGAUGUCAGAAGAUGAAGUUAAUGUUGAUUUUACAAGAGCAAGUGGAGCUAGGUAUGAAGAAAUUUCAAUGACCAAUUUAGCAAAUAAUCCCACUGGUCCCAAAUUACAUGUAAUUACAUGCACCACAAACGCAGAUGAGCCUACGAACAUUUAUGAAAAUCAAGAAAUGAUGAUGUCAGAAGAUGAAGUAAAUGUUGAUUCCACCACAGAUGAAGCCAGGUAUGAAGAACUUCAUAUGGGCUCUGAUGCUCCUAUAGAUAACAGUCAAACCUAUGAAGAACUGCGGGUGGACUUUUCUCAAUCUGCUUAAAUCGGUAACAAGAAAAC